UUUGGACGCACUAAUACUCUAUCUUUUGUAAAGCCAAACUGUUCACUAUAGAUGUGUUUAUAAAUAAUCGACGCCAGGGCACUUUCUGAUGCCAGUAAAAGGAUUGACUCCUCCUGGCCUAAACUGAAAAGGAUGGCUAAAAGUUUUACUAUCUGGAGUUGCCCUGCCAGGUAUACGCCAAAUUGGGAUGUUUUCUAUAUCCUUAAAAAACAAAUCCAAAUUAAUCCAUCAGAAUUUGUGCGUGACACAGUUUAAUCAAGUGGAUGUAAGUAGUUGUACACAAGAGUAGCCAUUUAGACUGGGAGACAAACAUCUAUCAGAUGAGCACCAUGGCUGUCAACAAAGAGAGGAAAAGGUCCAAGCUGAGGGGUCACCUGCACAUGAUGGGCUACAAUCACUAUCUAGGAGCAGAAUCUGUGCCUCUUGUUGAGAAACUUUUCAGUGAUCUGGUCCACACAACCGAAAGCCUGAACGAAUCCCAACGAUCAACAGACAAGUCAGAGAAAGAAAGCCAAAACUCUGAUGUCCGCCUGACCCGUGAGAACCAAAAGCUUCACCUUGAGCUCAUGAUGGUGAAGGGCGAAAAAGCCCACGUGAGCAAAGAGUUGAAGGUCUACAUCACGAAGCUGGACGAUGAGCUUGCUUUACUGAAGUCUUUGAACAAGCGGUAUGUCCAAAAGAUCCACAGCCUGGAGAAGGACUGCAAAGAAAAGGCCAGAAUCAUCCGUCAAUUACGGAGGAAGAAUUUGAAUGUCGAGGCGCAGGCAGAAGCACUUCAUGUCACGUCUCCGUCUGAUGAGCCGCAUGCAGCCGGCCUGCAGCAGGAAGAACUCACAAAAUUAAAAACAGAGCUGGAAAAUUCUCAGGAACACAUACAACUCUUAAAUAACCAAAUCGAUGAACUGCAAGAGACCAACGUCACACUGGAACAAAAGGUCAAGGGAGUGGGGCACAAGUCCUCCACCAAAGUGAACGACCUCACCUCGAAGAACCAUGAAUUGUGUCAAGAGAUCACGGACAUACGCAACCUCGCCAGGAUGAUGGAGAUGGAGAAGAGGCAAAAGUUGAAAACUGCUGAAAUGAAAUUGCAAGAUCUGAAAGACGUUAACCGAAAGCAACAGGAAGUCAUUAAAAACUUGGAGGAUCAGCUCAGUAAAAAAAGAACGACUUCAGAUCUCCCAGGCGAACACGAACAGAAACCAAGGACUGUUGACCAUCAGGACGACAUUCACGUUGAAGCUUCUGACCUGGAGUUUAUAAAAUCCGAGCUUGCGGAUCAGUUGGGGGAUCUCAGAGAGCAGAAUGAAAAUUUUAAGGGAAUGGUGGAUUUACUGGCAGCAGAGAAAAGCAGGCUGCAGGAGAAAGUGCAGAAGAUGAUGUCCGUUGAGAAAGUCUUGGUGCUGGAGUUGGAGGGCUGGCGGACGAGAUACGGCAUUUGUGGAAGGGCACGCUCGCCAUCGCGUCUGGAUGCCUUUGUCAAGAGUUUGGAGGAGGAAAGGGAUCAUUAUCGCCAGGAGGCUGAACACUAUAAAAACGUUAGUGUGUCCAGCAGCUCCAGUCGCAGUCCGGACAGGCAGAGGAGUCAGGGAAUCGAGAAAAUAAAACAGCAGCCUGAGGACCAAAGCUCAAAUCCACCUGAUGAAAUUUGCAACCUGAAAGAGGCACUCAGACUGGUAGAAGAAAAUCUCCACCAGGUGACGAAAGAGAAAAUCUCUCUGAUGGAAGAAUUGAACGAAAUGCAGAAGGCCCACCAAAGCUCAAACACGCCUCCUGGAAUCCUGAAACCGAAUGAAAAGUUCAUACAGGCAGCAAAGAAAACCCAACAAUUGACUAAAGAAAAAGACAGACAGAUAGAGGAGAUUGAGCACGAGCGACGCAACUCGAAUACAUCGGAUGAGAUCUCAAACCUGCCGCCAGAAGAAAACCUCCAACAGCAGCUGCAGCCCGAACAGCACGACUCUACCGUGUUUGCUGAAAUACUGGGCCUGAAAGAGGAGCUUAGCUUGGCUGAAGAAAAAACCCAGCUGUUGACGGCUGAAAAAGACUCACUCAUGGAGGAGUUUCAGCAAAAGCAGCUGCAGUGUGAGCAACACACCUCAGAAAUGUCAAACGUCCGGGAGCGCCUCAAACUAGCGGAAGAGAAAAUCCAGCAGCUGAUGGGUGAAAAACAUGCACAAAUGGAAGAAUUAAAGCAAAUGCAGGAGCAGCAUGCAGCACCAUCUGCUGAAAUCACAAAGCUGAAAGAAGAGCUCCGUUUGGCCAAGGAAAGAAUCUCACAGGUGUCGACUGCAAAAAAUCUACUAAUGGAGGAACUAAAGCAGCAGCAUGAAAAGCAAAUCUCCAAUGCUUCCGCUGAAAUCUCAAAACUAAAAGAGGAGCUUCAACGGGCAGAAGAAAAGAUCCAGCAGUUAACUUCUGAAAAAGACUCACUGAUGGAGGAGUUUAAGAAGCAGCUCCAGCACGAGGAGCACGACUCAAAAAUAUCUGCUGAGAUGUUCACACUGAAAGAAAAGCUUAAAAAUGCUGAAGAGAAAAUUCAGCAGGAGAAGUCAGAAAAAGGCAUAAAGAUGGAGGAAUUGAAGAAAAUGCAGAUACAGCUCGACAACGACAGCUUAAGUACAUCUGAUGAAAUCGCAAACCUGAAAGAGCAACAUAGAUUGGCUGUAGAACAAAUCCAUCUAAUGAUGGACGAAAAACAGUCACUGAUGCAGGAACUGAAGCAACAGAAGCUACAGCAUGAGCAACACAUCUCCAACACGUGCGCUGAAAUCUCAGACCUGAAAGAGAAGCUCAGAGUGGCUGAAGAAAAAAUCCAGCAAGUUACGGCAGAAAAAGACAAGCAAAUGAAGGAAUUUAAGCAAAAGCAACUACAAGAUGAGGAGCAUAACUCAAAACAAUCUGCUGAAUUGUUAACACUGAAAGAGAAAAUCACAAAGGCAGAAGAAAAACUCCACCAGGUGAAAUCUGAAAAAGACACACAGAGGGAAGAAUUUAAGCAAAUUCAGCUGAAGCACGACGAGCAGCACUCAAAAACCUCUGCGGAAAUAUUAACGCUAGACGAGAAGCUCCGACUGGCAGAAGAAAAAAUCCAACAAGUGAAAGCUGAAAAAGACUCACUGACGGAGGAAUUGGAGCUGCAACAGAGUGCCGAUCAAAACUCAAAUACAUCUGCUGAAGUUGUAGAACUGAAAGAGAAACUCAGAGUAGCAGAAGAAAAAAUCCAGGAGUUAACGGCUGAAAAAGACUCACUGGUGGAGGAACUGGAGGAAAUGCAGCAGCAGAAUGAGCAACUCACCUCAAACACAUCUGCUGAAAUCGCUAAACUGAAGGAGAGUCUCAGACUGGCAGAAGAAAAAAUCCAGCAGGUGACGGAAGAAAAAGACUCACAGUUGGAGGAACUUGAGCUGCAGCCAGUCGACGAAAGCUCAAAGCACACAUCUGACGAAGUUUUAGAACUGAAAGACAAGCUCAGAUGGGCUGAAGAAAAAGUCCAGCUGGUGACUUCUGAAAAAGACUCAGUGAUGGAGGAGUUGAAGAAACAGCAAAAGACAAGUUCAAGUACAGCUGAUGAAAUCUCAAAGCUGAAAGAGAAGCUCAGACUGGCAGAAGAAAACAUCCAGCAAUUGACCGAAGAAAAAGACUCAUUGAUGGAGGAAUUGAAAAAAAAUAACAGUUCAAUCACAUGUGAUGAAAUCUCCAACCUGAAAGAGAAGCUUACACUGGCAGAAGAAAACAUCCAGCAGUUGACUAAAGAAAAAGAUUCAAAAGCUGUUGAGCAGAAGCAACGUGAUGACCAAAGCGCAAAUGUGGCUGCUGAAGUUGUUAAACUGAAAGAGAAGCUUCGACGGGCGGAAGACAACAUCCACCAGUUGACUAAAGAAAAACAUUCAAAAGAUGUUGAGCAGAAGCAACGGAAUGACCAAAGCACAAAUGCGGCUGCUGAAGUUGUUAAACUGAAAGAGAAGGUUCGACGGGCGGAAGACAAAAUCCAGCAGUUGACUAAAGAAAAAGCUUUAAAAGAAGUUGAGCAGAUGCAAUGUGAUGACCAAAGCGCAAAUGCAAAUGCUGAAGUUGUUAAACUGAAAGAGGAUCUUAAAUGGACAGAAGACAAAAUCCAGCAGGUGACGGUGGAAAAAGACUCACUGAUAAAGGAGUUGAAGCGAAAGGCCAGUUUAAACACAUCUGAAGAACUCUCCAACCUGAAAGAGAAACUCAGAUUGGCUGAAGAAAAAAUCCAUCAAGUGACAGCUGAAAAAGACUCACUGAUGGAGGAACUGAAGCAAAAGACCAGUUCAAACACAUCUGAAGAAAUCUCCAAUCUGAAAAAGAAACUCGGAUUGGCUGAAGAAAAAAUCCAGCAGGUGACAGCAGAAAAAGACUCACACAAGGAGUUAUUGAAGCAGAUCUGUGGCGAUCCAAGCUCAAAUACAUCUGCUGAAGCUUUGAAUAUGUUGAGAGACAAUCUUAAACUGGCAGACGAAAAAAUCCAGCGGGUGACGGCUGAAAAAGACUCCCUGAGGGAGGAAUUAAAGCUGGAGCAGGAGAACCUGGAGCUGCGUUCGCAGGUUUUUGCACUACGGGACCGUGAACGGGAUGUGGAGCGGCAGAUGGAUGCUCGUUCUGCUGCGCUGGUUCAGAAUGCGGAGGAGGCGGCACGGCAGAGCAAAGUGGGCUCCGGUCUUAGGCGACAGCAAGAGCAGAUUCAAAAUGCGCUUUUAGACCUCCAACAAAUGCUGUCCGUAAAGAACAAUGAGUUGCACGCCGCUCACAGCCAGAUGGAAAAACUGGAGGACAUAAUCGAGUCGCUGAGUCAGCAGCUUUACCAGCACAAGCAGGAAGCCGAGGUCCUCCGCAUCUCUUUUUCGGCGUUGUGUAUAAAAAAGGACGUCAUGCAGGAGGAGAUGGCAAAGAAGACCAAGAGGCUGGGGGUUCUCCAGGAACAGCUCGGCAAGAAGCUGGAGGUCGAACUGAAAAGCCGCGAGCGCGAGCUGGCCGCUCAGAGGAUCCUGCAAAACCACCAGGAGGGGUUGUUGCAACUCAAAAGAGACAACGAAUUGAUCAUCGACGAGUACAGGAGGCUGCAGGACGACCUGGCCGCCAUGACGCAGGAGAAUCAAGCUGCACACGUGGAGAUGGAAGAGACUUUAUGUGAACGGGAUGAGCUAAAACAAAGAGUCCAUUCUUACAUCAAUACGGUGUCCCGGAUUGAGAACAUCUUGAAGAUGAAGGAUCAAGAGAACCUGGAACUUGCGGAGCGUUUCCGCAUGGCCCGUUCGGACAUGCAGGAGCGGGAGCAUCGGUUGCAGCACGUGGAGGGCCUCAUCGGCUCCGUCCGCCUGGAGCUUCUGUCGUCUGAGAAGGAACGACAGCACCUCCGCGAAGCCCUCGGGCACAAGGAGCGAGAGAUCCAGCAGCACCUGCAGGACUUUCAGACGUACAAGGAGCAAGCAGCGACGUUCGCCCGCGGGAUGUCCCGACUGGAGGAGGAGCUUCGCGUACUUCAGGAGGAGAAAGUGUCUCUCCUGGCCGACCUUAUCUCGGUCAGGGAGCUCUGCGUCAAAAUGGACUCGGACAAGGAAAUCGCCGCCCGGCAACUUUUGCACAAGAGCAUGGAGCUCGAGAGGGCGUCCACGAGGCAUGAGGACGCUCUGACGGAGGCGGCUCUCCUGAGGGAGCACCUGGCCAGCGAGAAGCUGGCGCUGCGCAACACGGACGCCAUGCUGGCCACCAGCCGCCUGGAGAUGUUCCAAGCCCACCAGGCGGCCAGCGACAAGGACGCCGAGCUCAAGGCCCUGCGCCACAGGCUUACCCUGGCCGAGAACAAGAUCGUGGCACACGCGAGGGAGGUGACUAAUCUCCGGGGGAAAGUCACACAGCUGCAGACCAAGAUGGAGGUUCUGAGCAGCAAAGGCCAUGAGCGCGAGGCCCUCCGGGACCCGCCCUCGUACGACAUCUCCUUCAGACCCUUGAGGGCCUCCUCGCCCGUCGACCACCCAGCCAUUCCUCGUCAGAUGGCCCCUGACAGCUCCAUACAAGAAGAAGAGUUCACCUUAGGGCCCACCUGACAGAAGAUCCUGGACCAUCCUGGACUCCAAAAGAAGUGACGUAGUCUCACAACACUAGAACAUCUACAUGAAUGCUCUUCCCUUCUGUGAGGCUUCAGAGCUUCUCAGCAACUGAAUUGAGGAGCUUCAGGUUGACAAAAGUAGUGCUUUACUGCCAUCUUGUGGUAUCCAUAGGAAAUUAUACACAUUUUAAGGGGGAGCGCCAAUGACUCGCAGAUUUUCCAUUCACUAUUUCGUGGUAGUUCCAUAUUAGGAGGGAACACUGUACACUCAUACCGAUAAUCGGACCAAAUUUGUGCACCUCCUCCCCUUUGCAAUCAUAGGUCAGUGAAAACCUGAUUAUUGGAUGUCCCUAAAAAAAUGAUCCUGAGUGAUUAUCCUGACUAACAUUGUACUUCUACCACUUCAAAUCCGCUAAAUGGCACCAAAUGUUUUACUCGGGUCAAUGUUACAAGCUAAAUUUUAACAUUGGCAAAAUAUGCAAAUUAUUCUCACACAUAAGGGUUCACACUUGCUGACAAGCAGCCUUAAAUCCUCACAUAAAAGAUAACAUAUUGCACUGUCUGCUUACACAGUGGAAUGGAAAGAAGCCAUGGUCGAUCAAUAACCUCUGCCCUUUGGAUUUCGUUUCAUACUGUAUUUUUGAAUGUACUUUUUAUAUUGAACUGCGUAAUGCGGGUGGAAAUGUCACAAAUGUGGUGGUUCAAAUUUAUCAACAUUUAAAACGUACACCCCCAAAAAAGGUUAAAUUAGGUUAGGUUUAUGUUCAUAUUUUUCAAUGUUCAUGGUAUAUGAAAUAUAUUAAUUGACUAAACAAGUGAAGUUCUGUUGAUGGUUAAACAUGCAGCGGGUCACUUUGAACCGUGACCGUUUAUAGCGUAAAAUGUAUGGAAAAACAGUCUGUUCAACAAAGGUGUGUGUGUGUGUGUGUGUGUGUGUGUGUGUGUGUGUGUGUGUAUGUAUGUAUAUAUAUAUAUAUAUAUAUAUAUAAAAAACACAAGGGGAAAAGGAUGGAGGUAAACAUGUUUACAGAAAACAAAAGUCCAAGAUGUACAUGUACAAUUCAAGUAUAAUUCUUUGGUUAAAUACAAGUUGGCAAAUGCUGGCAGGGCGAUUUUACAGGGAUUUCAUUUAUGCAAAGCAUUACAGCAAAUACAACAAACAAACAAAUAUUUAUAUUUACUUUUGCUUUUUUUGUGUACCUCAAUAAAUUACAAUAAGGUAGAAAUGUUUAUUUAAGUAGUUCAAAUAAAUAUUGUAUCAUCAGUAAACACACAAAAAUACUUUUUGAAUAGUAAAAAUAAUUUCUUCUUGUUUGGCCUUUUUGCAAUCUCUAUCGCUGAUAUUCUAUCUUAUUUUGUUUACUUUGUCAUUUUCAUGUGCAAUUUUAUUCUAUUAAAUAUUAAGGUAGACAAUAGUUGCACAGUAUUAUUGCUCAUAGGUUGUUGUACUGUGAAGCACUUUGUAACUGUUUUGAAAGGUACGAUAUAAAUUAAUUGGUUGCUAUAAUGUGAUGCACUUUUAAGAGUUUUGAAAGGUACUAUAUAAAUUAUUAAUAUGUCAAUUUGAGAUUGUAAAUUUUCAUUAGCUGUAAGCAAAAUAAUAUUUUAAAAAAUCAUUAACUACCGCUGUGUGUGUAGUGGAAACAGUAAAUGAAGAUUCAACUUUGAAAUUGAACUACUGAAAUAAAUCUUUUUACAGAAAAAUAUUAUUGAGAAACAUUUGAAUAUGUAAUGGUUACCUUGACUAACAAAUUUAAUUCGCUCGCAGAGGAAGCUUGUAACUCAAUUUAUACGUAUACCAAAUCAAUUUUCUCCAUUGGAACUAAUAAAAAUGCUCUUAAUCUGUUCCAUGCCCCCAAAAUACAAAGCAUUUUUGGUUAUGUUUUUAAUAAAGAAAAAUAGCACCCUUGUAUAAAAACAUAAAACUGUAAAGACAAACUACUUUAAUAAAGUUUCAUUCCCGUACAUACUUGAGUAUUCGUGCGUUGGAUGUGUCCCUUUAAGGGGCGUGGCCUAGUGCGUGACGUCGGGAUGGCCGGUUGGUCUGCAAGUGAGUGUCCUACAGCAGCUCCUUGCGAGUGUUCUCAUUUUGUAGUUGACUGUUUUUCCAGUUCAAUAGAUGGCUGAAAGUGCUUUGAAUGCAAAAAAAUAUAUGUAUGGGGGGGAAAUCUGACCAAGUGAUGGCUUGUA